UCGGAUACAUGUGGAACACAACGAACACAGAAGAAGCCUCUCGCGUCUCAUCCCCCGAAUACAAUGCGAAAAAGUCUGUACAAAAAAUAGACCCUAAAAAGAAAGGGAAGAAAACGCCACUCUGUGCAUAAAAUAAUACUCCUUAAUAGCGUAAACUGAAAAACGUAGUUGAAAACCUGCAAAAAAUACGUGUUAAAUGGAAUAACGGUGCGGGAAUUGAUAAUGUAAAGUGUGUUAAAGCUAAAAAUUUACGUGAAUCAAACGAAUACAUUAAUAAUUCAAGGCCCCCUGAAAGCCAGAAGCUUAUUAGUUUGAUAAGAAAUCUAACGAAAUUCUCAUAGAAUACAUAUAUAUAUUGUACAAAAGAAUAUAUGUAUAUAUAUAUAUAGAUAAUUAUAUAUAUCAUAUAGAGUAGGAUAAACCGCAAAUCGAAACUCAAACAAAGUUGACAAAAAAGCUCACGCCCCUCACGUCUCAGUUUUUUCUCGUAUUAUUUGUGAAAGUGCAACAAACAUAUAUAAAAAAAACGGGAGAGGAGAGAGGAUACAAAAAAGCAAUAGCUGCAGGGACCUGCAAAGGAAUUGCCAUCAUUUGGGGAUUACGGAAUUAUCGGGAUCCCUUCUCAUUAAAAUGGAUUUAAGCCAAUGCCGAUGUGCUGAGCUGCAUUUGUGCAUGGGAUUAUCGAUUGUAAUGCGCAGUCAUCAAAUUAUGUUUGAACAACGCCGCCGCAACAGCGAUAAUAGCAACAACAACAACAACAGCAACAGAAUCAACAACAAACACUGAUUUGGCCCCUGACCCCCUUUUGGGCAAACCGCUAUAUUCGACAUUCCCUGCGCCCCUGCCCACGCAAAAGGAGCAGCGAAAAAGAAGAAGCGUCUUAUGAAACAAUUGAAGCACCGGCCAAAGGAGCAAAGGAGCAGACAAAGACAAAGGCAAAAACAACGGGAAAGGAUAAAGCGGAGACCGAGAAGGAGAAGAAGCAGCACCAGAACCAGCAGCAGCAAAGGAGACAACAACAAAAACCACAACAACAUCGCAUUUUUAAACGGCAAUACGCAAAGAUAUGACAAGUGAUGGUGCUGUUACGUUUUGGAUAUUUUUGCUUUGUUUAAUCGCCUCGCCGCACCUGAAAGGGGGCGUGGCCGGGAAGCCCGAUGAGCUGCACAUCGGAGGCAUCUUUCCGAUAGCCGGCAAAGGAGGAUGGCAGGGCGGGCAGGCGUGCAUGCCUGCCGCAAGACUGGCGUUGGAUGAUGUCAACAAGCAGCCGAAUCUGCUGCCGGGCUUCAAGCUCAUCCUGCAUAGCAAUGACAGUGAGUGUGAGCCCGGUUUGGGCGCCAGCGUGAUGUACAAUCUGCUCUAUAACAGACCGCAAAAACUGAUGCUGCUGGCUGGAUGCAGCACGGUCUGCACCACUGUGGCCGAGGCUGCCAAAAUGUGGAAUCUAAUUGUGCUCUGCUAUGGGGCAUCGAGUCCGGCUCUUUCGGAUCGCAAGCGGUUUCCCACUCUAUUCCGCACCCAUCCCUCAGCUACGGUGCACAAUCCCACACGCAUCAAGCUGAUGAAGAAGUUUGGGUGGUCGCGGGUGGCUAUACUCCAACAGGCCGAGGAAGUCUUUAUAUCGACCGUGGAGGAUCUCGAGAAUCGAUGCAUGGAGGCUGGCGUUGAAAUCGUAACUAGACAAUCAUUUCUUUCCGAUCCAACAGACGCCGUACGCAAUUUGCGACGCCAGGAUGCACGCAUCAUAGUGGGACUCUUCUACGUUGUGGCCGCCAGACGGGUUCUCUGCGAGAUGUACAAACAGCAGUUAUAUGGUCGAGCCCAUGUAUGGUUCUUUAUUGGCUGGUACGAAGACAAUUGGUAUGAGGUCAACCUUAAAGCAGAGGGCAUCACAUGCACCGUAGAGCAAAUGCGAAUAGCUGCCGAGGGGCAUCUGACGACAGAAGCUCUCAUGUGGAAUCAGAACAAUCAGACAACUAUAUCUGGAAUGACUGCAGAGGAAUUUCGACAUCGACUGAAUCAGGCGUUAAUCGAAGAGGGUUACGACAUCAAUCACGAUCGGUAUCCAGAGGGCUAUCAGGAGGCGCCCCUCGCCUACGAUGCAGUUUGGAGUGUGGCAUUAGCUUUCAACAAGACUAUGGAACGAUUGACAAGCGGUAAGAAAUCGCUGAGGGACUUCACCUAUACGGACAAGGAAAUUGCCGAUGAAAUCUACGCUGCCAUGAACUCUACACAGUUUCUGGGUGUCUCGGGUGUUGUGGCAUUCAGUUCUCAGGGCGAUCGUAUUGCACUUACUCAGAUCGAGCAGAUGGUGAAUGGGAAAUACGAGAAGUUGGGCUACUACGAUACCCAGUUGGAUAACCUAUCCUGGUUAAAUACUGAACAGUGGAUUGGUGGCAAGGUUCCUCAAGAUCGCACAAUUGUCACGCAUGUCCUACGCACAGUGUCCUUGCCAUUAUUUGUGUGUAUGUGCACCAUCUCCAGUUGCGGCAUCUUUGUUGCCUUCGCCUUGAUCAUCUUUAAUAUAUGGAAUAAGCAUAGAAGAGUAAUACAAUCCUCGCAUCCCGUUUGCAAUACGAUCAUGUUAUUUGGUGUUAUCAUCUGUCUAAUAUCUGUCAUCCUACUGGGUAUCGACGGUCGCUUUGUCAGUCCCGAGGAAUAUCCAAAGAUAUGUCAAGCUCGAGCUUGGUUACUAUCCACCGGUUUUACAUUAGCAUACGGUGCUAUGUUCAGCAAGGUCUGGCGUGUGCACCGAUUUACAACAAAAGCAAAAACUGACCCGAAGAAAAAAGUGGAACCUUGGAAGCUAUACACCAUGGUUUCGGGCCUCUUAUCAAUAGAUUUAGUGAUAUUACUCUCAUGGCAGAUCUUUGAUCCGCUGCAGCGUUAUCUCGAAACAUUCCCACUCGAAGAUCCAGUAUCUACUACUGAUGAUAUUAAAAUACGUCCAGAGCUUGAGCAUUGUGAAAGUCAACGCAACUCUAUGUGGUUAGGUCUUGUGUAUGGCUUCAAGGGGCUAAUCUUGGUGUUUGGCCUGUUUUUGGCCUACGAGACACGAUCCAUUAAAGUGAAACAGAUCAACGAUUCGCGUUAUGUGGGCAUGAGCAUCUAUAAUGUGGUGGUCCUCUGCCUGAUAACAGCUCCGGUGGGCAUGGUCAUUGCAUCGCAACAGGACGCGUCCUUUGCCUUCGUUGCUCUAGCUGUGAUAUUCUGUUGUUUCCUAAGCAUGCUGCUGAUAUUUGUGCCAAAGGUCAUUGAGGUCAUACGUCAUCCCAAGGAUAAGGCCGAAUCGAAAUACAAUCCCGAUUCGGCCAUAUCAAAGGAGGAUGAAGAACGCUAUCAGAAACUUGUUACCGAAAACGAGGAAUUGCAACGAUUAAUAACACAGAAAGAGGAAAAGAUACGAGUCCUGCGACAGCGGCUUGUGGAGAGGGGCGACGCCAAGGGCACAGAACUGAAUGGUGCAACAGGUGCCGCUUCUGCCGCCGUCGCAACCACUUCGCAGCCCGCUUCCCUCAUCAACUCAUCCGCACACGCCACGCCUGCAGCCACACUCGCAAUCACACAAGAUACUCAUGAGCAUCGUACAUGAAAAAACUUGUCAAUUUCCUUUGCGUGAUAGGUGAAUUAUACAGAAAAUAAUGAAUGCAAAUAAUGAUGCUAACGGAGAA